AUGAAGUGGACGUCUCCGAGCUCACUGCUAGCACUUUUCGCAGCAACUGCAGCAGGAUGGCCGUACGACGAGUCUCUUGUAGACUACAACCUCAACACAAACAAACAAGCCACCAACCCAGCCGAAUACUCGACAGAUGGGCCUGGAUACAAGUACACCCCCUCUCCGGAGAACUGGCGGUUUCCUGUAUAUACACUGUUUUUGGAUCGAUUCGUUAACGGUGAUCCUACCAAUGAUAACAUCAACGGGACACUCUUCGAACAUGACCUGAAUUCAAAUCAAAUGCGCCAUGGUGGUGAUGUUGUGGGCUUGGUUGACACGUUAGAUUAUCUUCAUGGAAUGGGCAUCAAGUGUAUCUAUCUAGCGGGAACGAUAUUGAUCAACCAACCAUGGGGUGCAGAUGGCUAUUCGACCUUAGACACUACUUUGCUUGAUCAACACUUCGGCAACAUCCAGACUUGGAGGGACGCAAUCUCGGAAAUCCACAGACGAGGCAUGUAUGUCAUCAUGGACAACACGAUCGCCACAAUGGGUGACCUGAUUGGUUUCGAGGGAUACUUGAAUACUACUACCCCUUUCUCUGUCAUGGAACACAAGGCGCUUUGGAAAACCGAUCGUCAUUACGUCGAUUUCCAGAUUGGCAACGAAUACAACGAAAACUGUGACUACCCUCGAUUUUGGAACGAAACUGGCUGGCCAGUUGAUCAAUCUGUUCGAGAUCAAUUGAACGGUUGUUACAACAGCGACUUUGACCAAUAUGGUGACCGUGAGGCUUUCGGUGUCUACCCAGACUGGCAGCGGCAACUGGCAAAAUUUGCUUCAGUUCAAGAUCGUCUACGCGAGUGGAAUCCUAGUGUUAGGGAAAGGCUGAUUCGACAUUCUUGCAUGAUCAUUGAGGCCCUUGAUAUUGAUGGCUUCCGGUACGACAAGGCCACACAGGCCACCGUGGACGCCCUUGGAGAAAUGUCGCUUGCAUAUAGAGAAUGUGCUCGCAAAGUCGGCAAGACUAAUUUCUUCAUUUCCGGUGAAAUCACUGGUGGAAAUACAUUCGGAUCCAUCUAUCUUGGUCGUGGUAGACAGCCCAACCAAUAUAUGGUGUCUGCGGUGGAUGCGAUGAACAUGACAAAUUCAUCAGACCAUCAGUAUUUUCUGCGCGAGCAUGGACAUGAAGCUAUUGAUAGCUCGGCUUUUCAUUAUUCGGUCUAUCGUUCUUUGACUCGAUUCCUUGGCCUGGAUGGUAAUUUGGCGGCAGGCUAUGACACUCCAGUAGACUGGACCGAUGCCUGGAACCUCAUGGUUGUCUCCAACGAUAUGAUCAACGCUAACACUGGAAAGUUUGAUCCUCGGCACAUGUACGGUGCCACGAACCAGGAUGUUUUUCGCUGGCCGGCCAUUGAGUAUGGGAUAGAGCGACAGCUUCUAGCUUUAUUCGUCACGACCCUGCAUCUACCUGGUAUCCCUAUCUUGCUGUGGGGUGAAGAACAGGCUUUCUAUAUUCUGGAUGCCACUGCUUCCAAUUACAUUUAUGGACGUCAAGCAAUGUCGCCUGCCACGGCCUGGAAGACCCAUGGUUGCUUUCAAUUGGCACCUUCACAGUACUACAACUGGCCAAUCCAGCGCGGCCGUGAAGGAUGUCAUGAUGAGACAGUCACGUACGAUCACCGAGAUCCGUCCCAUCCUGUCCGGAAUAUCAUCAAACAUAUGUAUCAGCUAAGGGAGAACUAUCCUGUCUUGAAUGAUGGGUGGUGGCUACAGAAGUUGUCCAAGCAGACGCGCGAGAUCGACCUACCUGGCUCUAAUGACACACACACUGAAAUUGGCAUGUGGUCAACCCUACGAGAUGUAGCGCCGGGUAUCCAGAAACUUGGUUCAGCAACGGAUAACCAACCAGUCUGGCUGGUAUAUCAGAAUGACAACCAUACCGUUGACUACAAGUUUGACUGUGGUAGCAAGGAAACGGCCUUGAUUUCUCCGUUCGCGAGUGGUACUACAGUGCGCAAUUUGUUCUAUCCGCAUGAUGAACAUACUCUCAAGGAUGGGCCGCAAAAGCUUGUGUUGAACAACUCGACGGCUCUCGGUGGCUGCCUUGAUAGCCUGACCCUUAAGCCGUUUGAGUUUCGCGCCUACGUUCCAAAAAAGAGCUUUGUUGGACCGCGACCGAUGGUCACCCAAUUUACUCCGGGCCAUGAUAUGCCACUUCUCUCAAGGGUAGCGCCUAACCAGGGUGAAGAGUUAGAUGUCAGCAUCCAUUUCUCUGCGGUGAUGGACUGCGACUCUGUCACGAAAUCGAUUAAGCUGGAAUCGACAACGGAAUCUGGAAAGACCCCAUCUAUCGAAUUGAAAAGUGUUAGUUGCAAAGAGACUCCGGCAAGUCCUACACAGUGGACGGGGCAGCUACCAGGCAUUUGGGUCUGGGCUGGGAAAUUGACUGGAGUUCACAACGGGAUUCAUCGGUUAACAGUUACCAACGCCAGCGACUCUACUGGGGCGAGCACAACGAACGCAGUGGAUCACUUUCUGUUUCGUGUUGGCCAACAGGACAAUCCUAUGGUGUUUACUUCUGCGAACUACUCAAGCAGUCUACUUCAUCAGUAUGACAACGGUACACUUUACAUUCAACAUCAUGCCGCUGGUGCCGACAAAUAUCGCUAUUCAACCAACUGGGGAAGUUCAUUUUCUGAUUGGAUGGUGUAUAGAGGCGGCAAUGAGACCAUCGAGGAGCUCCCAUGGUCUGGUACCAAGAAGCAAAAGUGGGAAGGCAAGCAUGUGCGCGUGGAGUACUGGAGCAAGUUGACUGGGAGCAGCGACUAUGUGCAGGAGGGUGAUUCUGGGUGGGCCUCAAGUCACCCACGGCGCUUCCCUCACCUCUUCUUCAACGGACCCUAUAAUCAAUACGGCUAUGAUGCUGGUCUGGACAACGUCGUUAAGUUAGGAAGUGAUGGCCUCUGGAGAUACCGAUUUAUGGCGGAAUGGCCAGCACAAGGCCAAUUCAAUGUCUGGGGCAUCAAUCCCGAUGGACAGCCUGAUCAAAGCUUUGUGUUAGGUGAUGCAGAUCAAGAUUCGGUUCUAGAUCGGAUGCCUCCCUCCUCCCUCAGUGCAACGCUGAUCAACAUCACCGACUAUCCCCCAUCGCCUCAUUUGGCGUGGAUACUGCACCUCGACGAUUCGACUCUCCGAUUUCGACUUGAACCCACGGGGUCCAGGGCAGUUCAAAUGGCAGUAUUCUUCCUACUCUGGCUCAUACCCGUCCUGACAGCUGCUGCAUGUGUGUAUGCAUUCAUGAAGUCAUUUUACCAAGUCAAAUUCAACCAAGUAGGAGUCAGCGAGAAGAAAACACUGGUUCCCCUCUGGCUCGGAAGAAGACUCAAGCACGGUAGUUCCGAGGAUGCUGAGCCCAUGAAUCCUCUCGUGCGUCUUGCCAACAAAUCAGGCUUUCUCCAGAGUACGUCGGCCUUCAACACAGCGGCAACCCAACGAAGGACUGUUCUGAUUGCUACGAUGGAGUACGACAUUGAAGAUUGGGCGAUCAAGAUCAAAAUCGGCGGUUUGGGCGUUAUGGCCCAGCUCAUGGGCAAGCACUUGGGGCAUCAGGAUCUGAUCUGGGUUGUCCCAUGUGUGGGCGGCGUUGAGUACCCGGAAGAUCAGCCCGCUGAACCUAUGUUCGUCACAGUUCUUGGAAACUCAUACGAAGUCAAAGUGCAGUAUCAUGUUCUGAGCAAUAUCACCUAUGUUCUUCUUGAUGCCCCUGUGUUUCGCCAGCAAUCGAAGGCUGAGCCCUAUCCUGCACGGAUGGAUGAUUUGGAUAGCGCCAUCUACUAUUCCGCCUGGAACCAGUGUAUUGCACAAGCGAUUGAACGCUUCCCUAUUGACUUGUAUCAUAUUAACGACUAUCACGGCUCAAUCGCGCCACUCUACCUGUUGCCACAGACAAUUCCCAUCUGUUUAUCACUUCACAAUGCCGAAUUUCAAGGGCUGUGGCCGAUGCGAACUCAGAAAGAGAAAGAUGAAGUUUGCUCAGUUUUCAACCUCGAUAUCGAUGUGGCAAGCCGCUAUGUGCAAUUUGGUGAAGUUUUCAACAUGUUACAUGCUGGCGCAAGCUAUCUUCGGCUUCAUCAACAAGGUUUUGGCGCAGUGGGUGUCUCCAGGAAGUAUGGAAAGCGCUCGUAUGCCCGGUAUCCAAUCUUCUGGGGCCUGAAGAGAGUCGGCAACCUCCCAAAUCCCGAUCCGUCAGACACAGGGGAAUGGAACCGGCAGCUGGCCAGAAACAGUGAUGUUCAAAUCGAUCCGGCCUAUGAGGCCCGCCGAGGAGAGCUCAAGCGUCAAGCACAGGAAUGGGCAGGACUGAACCAAGAUCCCAAUGCUGACCUUCUUGUGUUUGUUGGCAGAUGGUCUAUGCAAAAGGGCAUUGACCUUAUCGCUGACGUUAUACCUGCGGUUCUGGAAGCUCGCCCUAAUGUUCAGUUGAUAUGUGUUGGUCCAGUUAUUGAUCUUUAUGGUAAAUUUGCCGCGUUGAAGCUCGACUACAUGAUGAGACUGUACCCUGGACGUGUGUUUUCACGACCAGAGUUUACGGCACUUCCUCCAUUCAUCUUCUCCGGUGCAGAAUUCGCAUUGAUACCAUCUCGUGACGAGCCUUUUGGACUUGUUGCCGUUGAAUUUGGUCGCAAAGGUGCCCUUGGUAUUGGUGCACGUGUGGGUGGCUUGGGACAGAUGCCUGGUUGGUGGUAUAAUGUCGAAUCUACAACAACAUCUCACCUUCUCCAACAAUUCAAACUGGCGAUUGCAAGCGCGUUGAAUUCCAAGCCGAAAGUCCGAGCCAUGAUGAGGGCGCGCUCAGCAAAGCAACGCUUUCCUGUUGCCCAAUGGGUGGAAGACCUGGAAAUCUUGCAGACGACUGCCAUGCGAAUUCACGGCAAAGAAUUGGUCAAAUCAAAUGGACAGUCACUCACGCCAUCAGGGUGGACUACCCCAAGUGGAACAAUGACGCCCCCAAUUACAGGAACUGCGACACCGACAGGCAUUCAGACCCCCCCUCUCAUACACUCCCGAGAGCCAAGUGUCUCAAAUCUAAAUCGCCUCAGUUUGCUUGGUCCGCAACAACGCAAUACCAUCGUAUACAGCCGAGAUCCAAGCCCUGGUAUGGCCGAAAAGCCCAAGUCAGGGCUCAGUCGGCAAUUGUCGCUUGGGGUGAGGGCUGGGCCCGGGCAUCUGGAGCGUUGUGGUCGUCGUAAGGCCAGAAGAAAUCAGCUGUUGGGAAAUGAAGACAACCAGACUUCAAUCACCGAUGUUGAAUCCAGCAGCGAUGACGACAUUAUUCCCAGCUCCUACGGAGAAGAUGAAUAUACCUUGACACCUGAACAAGCAGAAGAGGGGCGCCAGAUGGAGGCUCCCCAGCAGCCGGGGCAAUAUGCAGCGUGGGCAGCUCGCGAGUUCUUUAAUACAAGACACUCAAGUCAGAGUUCGUUUGCCUCUCCUUUGUCUCCCACCAGCACUGGGGCUGCAGAACCGGACAACACUCUAGUCCCUCCUGCACGACGUUUGCUGGAGCCUGCCCAUCCAAGCCACCGACUCAGCAGUGCAUCAGUUCUCUCAGUCGAUUCAGUUGUUGGCGCCAAGAAGGAUUACAAACUCCAAAAGGUUGAUCCAUUCUUCACGGAUAGUACCGGCGAGUAUUACAAGAUUUUCGAGAAAAAGUUGGAAACUCUGAACGGCUCGAACAGUGAAUCACAGCUCUGUAUUGAAGAAUUUCUUGUCAAAAGUGAGAAGAAAUGGUUCGACAGAUUUCGGGAUGCAAGGCUAGGCCUCAAUCAACUUCCGGUUUCUUCUGUUGUCCACCCCAAACGUGAUGCUUCGCCGAACACUUCAGAUUCGAACGAGAUGGUAUCACAGGAGAGCGACAGUGAAGUCAACAUAAACGUUGAUGAAUUCUUCCUAGGCAGUGACUAUGUCCCCCCAAGCGGUCUGAAGAAAUGGAUGCAAGUACGAAUUGGUGAAUGGCCCGUCUAUUCAAUAUUCCUUGGUCUGGGCCAGAUUAUUGCGGCGAAUUCCUACCAAAUCACGCUCUUGACAGGCGAGGUGGGACAGACGCCAGAGAAGCUCUAUGGCAUUGCCACCACGUACUUAAUUACCUCUAUCAUCUGGUGGUUUUGCUUCCGCUACUUCAAGUCAGUGAUCGUUCUCUCAGUUCCUUGGCUGCUAUAUGGUCUUGCUUUCAUCAUCAUUGGUGUUGCACACUUUGAAAGCAACUCAUUUAGCCGCGGUUGGAUCCAGAAUGUGGGAAGUGCAGUGUAUGCUGCUGCGUCCUCCAGUGGCUCGAUAUUCUUCGCAUUGAAUUUUGGUGAUGAGAAUGGAGUACCUGUCAAACAAUGGGUGUUCCGUGCGUGCAUCAUCCAGGGCAGUCAACAGGCCUACGUGAUCGGCUUAUGGUAUUGGGGCACCACUCUAGCUAGAGCUGCAAACAGUGGGAUUGUUAAUCCUCAGGGGUCUAUCACAGAUACCUGGAGGAUAACUGCUAUCUGUCUACCCAUCGCCGUCUUUCUCUGGAUCGUCGGUCUACUUGUCUUCUUCGGCCUGCCGAACUACUACCGACAAACCCCUGGAAAGGUCCCCUCCUUUUACAAGUCGGUCUUUCGGCGAAAGAUCAUCCUGUGGAACUUUGCUGUGGUUAUCAUCCAGAACUUCUUCCUCAGUGCACCAUACGGGCGGAAUUGGAGCUUUCUUUGGAGCUCUAAGAAUGCCGAAGCAUGGCAAGUGGGAAUCCUGUGUGCUUUUUUCUUCGGCGUCGUCUGGGCGGCAUUGCUGUUUCUCUUCGGUUAUCUUUCCAAGUCACAUAGCUGGAUCAUCCCAGUCUUCGCGUGUGGCCUCGGGGCCCCACGAUGGGCCCAAAUGCUAUGGGGAAUCUCAGGGAUUGGUCAUUACUUACCUUGGGCCGGUGGGGAUGUAGGAGGGGCCUUGGUCUCUCGGAGCCUCUGGUUGUGGUUAGGAGUGUUGGAUUCCCUACAGGGCCUAGGGUUCGGAAUGAUCUUGCUCCAAACUCUGACCCGGAUACACAUAUGCUUUACCCUGCUUGCAUCACAAGUCCUUGGUUCAAUUGCGACGAUUUGUGCGAGGGCAUUUGCUCCGAACAAUAUCGGCCCUGGGCCAAUUUCACCAGACCUCACAGCCGGCGCCAGCUCGGUUGCGAAUGCUUGGUUCUGGAUCGCUAUAUUCUUCCAGUUGAUUAUUUGUGGUGGAUUCUUGUUAUUCUUCCGAAAGGAGCAACUCUCGAAGCCUUGA